AUGUCGCUCGCAUCUGGAGUUUCGAUCGCCGAUGACUGCAUCACGGCUUUUAACGACUUCCGUAUGAGCCACGGCAAGACCAAGUACAUCAUCUUCAAGAUCUCCGAUGACAAGAAGACCGUUGUUAUCGACAGCAUUGGCAAGGAGCAGGACUACGAGGUCUUCCGCACUGCGCUUGAGAACUGCAAGAAUGAUGCCGGCAAGCCUAUGCCCCGUUACGCUGUCUACGAUGUCGAGUACGACCUUGGUAGCGGUGAGGGCAAGCGGAGCAAGAUCAUCUUCAUCUCCUGGGUCCCCUCCGAAACCCCCACUCUGUGGUCCAUGAUCUACGCCUCCACCCGUGAGAACCUCAAGAACGCCCUCAACAUCGCCAGCUCCAUUCACGCUGAUGACAAGGGCGAUAUCGAGUGGAAGACUGUCCUGUCCGAGGCCAGCGGUGGCAAGGCUAAAUAA